AUGAAAUUUAUCAAAUCCACAAGACAUCGUUCGUCUGCUGAGAAAAGGAAAAGCAGCAACCUUUUUACAGUCUGUGAAAGCAGCGCCUCUCUGCAGGAACAUCAACACGAAGUUGGUAACAGUUCUGAAGAAAACGUCAAGUUUUCACCUUUGUUUUUCAAAAUGGAAGAAAUUGAAUGUUUGAAUCGAUUGCAAGCCUAUUGCCGUUCCAAGAAACUGCGAGUCACAAAUCAAAUGAUUUAUCGCUUUGCCAUAUUCCAUGGAUUCAAUGUGAAUCGGGCCAGCAGGGCCAUUGCCAAGAAAUACGAUCAUCCCUACAUGAAUUUCCGUUUGGAAGACGAACUCGCACAGUACAUACGUAAGACACUAACCCUGUUUCCAGUGCCGGGACUCAAGAGUGCCAUUGGGUCUGAUGUGAUCUAUUGGCAUCCCUCCCGCUAUCAACCAUCGGCAAGUAGCAACCGGCUCUUGGUGGAAAACAUGUGUUUUUUACUGAACGAUAUGAAUCAGACCAUUGACCAGUGUCGGAAUGGGAUUCUGCUUUUGGUCAACAUGGAUGGUUACAAGAUGAAAAACUUUCAUAGAGAUACACAAAUGAGACUGACCAAGAUCACGGAAGGUCAGGUGAUUCCAGCGAGCAUUGUUCAGAUCCUCAUUGUCAAUCCUCCACCCUUUUUUGAACGAAUAUGGAAGAUCGUUAGGCCAGCCUUCUCGGCCUUGUUUUCCAGGAGGAUUAAACUCAUUCCAUGUGACAAGCUUGGUAACUAUCUCAUGGAAGGGUACGAAGAAUAUUUACCUGAUGACUUUGACAUUGACGGUAGAAAUGCAUUGGAACUAGUCGAGAACUGGCUGGAUGUUAAGACUAAGGAAGAACAACUUCGGACAACAACAGCCCCUUUGGCAGAAUGUCCAACUGAACGAUGUGAGCAGCCGUUGUCAACAUCGCCAUGA